UCAGGGCAUUUCAGCAUGUAAAUACAGGUAACCAGGCAUGGUGAAGGAAACACGUCCAUUGUAAAAUAACGGACAGUUUGCGUAGUAUCAACGUAGUAUCAAUUAUAUCAAUUAACUUGCGCAUUCUCUUUGGCAAAACAAGUAAAUAAAACCGGCUCAAAAAGGGAGGACACGCCGUCUGUGAGCAUGGCCCGACCUCUCCGGCUUCUCUCCCUCCUGUACAAGUCCGGUGCUCAAUUUGUGACUCCCUCCGCUUCCAUUAACAGCUGGCGAUUUGCAAGUAGAGGUGCUAGCAAUGCAUGGACUGGGCAGAGCAAAGUACACAGAGACCGGGUGUCAAACAAAGCAUCAAGAUACUGUGAUGAUGAAGAUGAAGAGCUUGGACUGCAGAAUGUAGAGGAUGUGGAGGGCAAGCUCCAGGCAUUGGUUGAUGAGGGGAGAAAGAGGCAGAGAACUGUGAAAUACCACAUAUUGAGAAGGCAGAUGACUCUAUCAGGAGCUCCACAGAGACAGUUAAGCUGGGAUGCUAUUGAGCAAAUCAGAUAUCUGAAGCAAGAGCAGCCGGAGGAGUGGACGGUCGAGCGUCUGGCUGAGGGCUUCUCUGUCACCCCCGAUGUUAUCCUGAGGAUCCUCAGGAGCAAGUUUGUACCCGCUCCUGAGAGAAAAGCCAAGCAGGACGCUAAAAUAACGGCCGGACUCAGCAGUCAGCAGGUGCUGCCUUCAGGUGUUGGGACAGGGUCGGACAGGCUGAAGCUGCCUGGAAGCCGCACACCAGCUGUGCUCCCACCUGGCAGCAGAGGAGGUGCAGAGGUGGCUGUGGCUGACCAGACUUUGAUGCUGCGAGACGAAGCCUCAGGAUCCCUGGCUAAGACUCCUGCCCCUGUUACCGUUCUGCCCACCCAGCUCAUAGGUGCUAUUAGUAAAGAUGCUGCAGUGACAAGAUCAACAGAAGAGGAUAGAACUACUAACACAGAUCCUACAGAGGAGGAGGAGGAGGAGGAGGAAGAGGAGGAGAGCUGGGAUGGACGAGUGUUCACAGAAGAAGAACUGGAGGAGUUUUUGGAAAUGAAAAAGCCCUCCCCGGUGGUGCAAGUAGGAAAAGGCUUCUUUGAUGCAGAGGGCAAUUUUCUGUAUAGAAUCUGAGGACUGUGUUGAACUGUUGAACAUGUGCAGUGUUCAGACUGGUAUUGUGACACUUCAGUCAUAAUCUGCUCAGUGACUUUCUGAACAGAUAAUUAUUUUUCAGGCUAAACAGGCAAAAUAAAAAAAAUUCUGUCUUCAUUUAUCUCUGUGGUAGAAUGUAACUUAGUACAUUUACUCAAGUAUUGUACCUAAGUGCUAAUGAGAGUUUAGUUAGUAUUAUUUUUUCAUGCCACUUUCUGCUUCUACUCCACUACAUUUCAGAGGGAAAUAUUUUACUUCACUUAAACUGCUCGUUAUUUUACAGAUAAAGAUGUUUGCGCACAAAACAUAUAAAGAACUAACUAAAAUCUGAUUUCUAUUUUGUUAUAAACUACCCAACAGUCUUUGUGAGUACAGCUGAAACAAUUUGUCGAUUUAUCAAUUAACAUAUUGGCAGAAAUUUAAUUGGCAACUAUUUUGAUAAUUGUUUAUCCUUUUUCUUACAAAAACAUUUCAAUUAAGAAGAUUUGCUGCUUUUCCUUAAAAUGACUUUUAUCUGUUUUUAAUAAUUUUGAGGUUUGUUCUAUUGGUUGGACAAAAUAAUCAUUGUGAAGGUGCCACUGUGGGCUCUGGGUCACUAUGAAGACACUGACUAUUUUCUGAAUUUUUACAAACAAAACAAUCGAUUAAUGGAGAAAAUAAUCAGCAGAUUAAUCCAUGAUGAAAAUAAUCAUUAGUUGCAGUCCAGUACACAAUAGUUCAAAAUGAGUUUGACCUCAACAACAGUAAAAUCUUGCUUUUAGAUGAAUGGAUGAGUAAGAAUUAUCUGAUGAUAGAAUAACAGUCACUGGAGACAUUUUCCUGUGCUGUACUUUUAACAUUUAAGGUCUUUUCAUUGAAGGGCUUUUACUUGUAACAGAGUGUUUUUACAGUUUGGUGCAAUAUUAGUACAUUUACUAACGAGCCCCCCCAUGUAUUUAUUUGCUGAUUUCUGCCUUCAUUCACAUUUUCAUAUAUGUACAUUCAGGAAUAAAUAGAUUUUUGUCAAAUUAGCCAGAGGACACAGAUGGAACUUUAGUUGUACUCUCACCCUGCUCGCAGCAGCCAUCCUAUCACCAGGAUGCGUUUUGAUAACUGAUCCCUUUGUAAACUGAUGACCGACAGGCUGCGACAGAAACCACUAUGUAAACUGUCAGUCAGCCACAGCGAGCUGUUUUGCAUGCAUGACUUUAUUUUUGCUCAGAGCUCCAGUUUCUUGGCUCGUACUUUUCCAUUGCUGUUAGUGAGAAAUAAGAAUCAGGUGACAAAAAUAGAGGAACAUAUGAAUUUAUUGGCAAACCCAAAGAAAAUUGCCUCAAAUAUACAGAAGAGAAAAACAUAGCAGAUACAAAGAUGUAACCUUGUAUAUUUACAAAACCAUCACAAUGACUUAAUUUAUACAGUAGAUUUAAACUGUAAGAAAAAUGUGUUACCUUCACUUAAUGCAAUGAACCAUCAUUAAAUAAGAUCUCACCAUGUGUCUCCCAGUGUAAAGCAGCUACAAAAUAACCCUGUAUUCAACCUGUGUUUUUUUAUUUGAGUUGACUCUCUUGUCGAAGUAUCACAGCCAGAUUUUAGUCUCAUGCUAAGACAUGAAGGAGCAAAUAACCAGAUGUGGCUAUUCACAAAGCUCUGUGGAUUUACACAUUAUUUAAAAAAAACA